GAAGGCAUUGCGGCGGCGCCGCGGCCCGCCACCGUGGGAGUCGCCGCUGAGGGCGGCGUGGCGUCCGCUCCGGCUCCCGCCGGGUUGCGCGCGCAGCCCCCUCCCCGCAGACCGCCCCCGGCCCGGCCCCGCCCAGCGCGAACGGUGCGCGGCAGCCGGGAGACCUCCGAGACUUGGUGGACCGCUGAGCGAGAGGAGGCGGCGGGAGCGCGAGCUCCGACCAGCGUCCCCGCAGCGCCGCAGGACGGCCAAGGGGAGGCCUGGCACCUCGGGAAGCUUGCUGAGAAGUGUCACGUUCCGCCCGAAAUUCAGCCCUCAGUGCCCGAGAGAACACACUACCUCCCCUGAAAGCCCGGGUCUGCCUGUCCUUGUGUGCAUUGGCCAGUUCCCUCUUUUGUGGAUUCACAGAUGGAUUCAGUGGAAAAGACACCAAAUAGAAGUGAACAAAAAUCAAGUAGAAAGUUUUUAAAAAGCCUCAUCCGGAAACAGCCGCAGGAGCUGCUCCUGGUCAUCGGGACCGGCGUCAGUGCGGCCGUGGCCCCGGGCAUCCCCGCCCUCUGCUCGUGGAGGAGCUGCAUCGAGGCUGUCAUCGAGGCUGCAGAGCAACUGGAGGUGCUCCACCCCUGGGACGUGGCCGAGUUCCGCAGGAAAGUGACGAAGGACCGGGACCUGCUGGUUGUGGCCCACGACCUGAUCCGGAAGAUGUCGCCUCGGACAGGCGACACCAAGCCCAACUUCUUCCAGGACUGCCUGAUGGAGAUUUUCGACAACCUGGAGCCCCACAUCCAGAACCCGCUGGUGCUGCAGUCCAUCCUCAGCCUGAUGGAACGGGGCACGAUGGUCCUGACCACCAACUACGACAACCUGCUGGAGCUCUUUGGGCAGCAACAGAACAAGCCCAUGGAGUCCCUGGAUUUGAAGGACAAGACUAAGGUCCUUCAGUGGGCACGGGGCCACGUGAGGUACGGCGUUCUUCACAUCCACGGCUUGUACACAGACCCCUGUGGGAUGGUGUUGGACCCAUCGGGAUAUAAGGAUGUCACUCAGGACCCAGAAGUCAUGGAAGUUUUCCAGAACCUGUACCGCACCAAGUCCUUCCUGUUUGUGGGCUGUGGAGAGACGCUUCGUGAUCAGAUAUUCCAGGCCCUGUUCCUCUACUCGGUGCCCAACAAGGUGGAGCUGGAGCAUUACAUGGUGGUGCACAAGGAGAGCGAGGACCACUUCUUCAAGCAGCAAGCGGACAUGCUGCUGCACGGCAUCAAGGUCGUGUCCUACGGGGACUGCUUCGGCGACUUCCCGGGGUACGUGCAAGACCUCGCCUCUCAGAUCUGCAGACAGCGGAGCCCAGUACCCGGAGGACCAGGACCCACUGUAAACCCGCGUGAGCUCGGGCUCCUGGAGCGUGCCGCCGAGCGCCUUCCCGUCCCCACCGAGGCCCCUUUUCCAGACCUUGGCAGCUGCCAGGGGCCUGAGAGACCUUUGGGACUCGUUCUCUACGCGGAUCGAGUGGACAGCACCACGUCGUUGGGUAGUGCAUGUCAGGACUGUGCGAAGAGGAAGCUGGAAGAGAACGGAAUUGAAGUCGAGAAGAAGCUCAGACAAUCAGAUGAUGCUGGAGGGUCUUGAAAUCUUUAAAACCAAUAAAACCUGCAACUUGAAAACCAGCCUUCUGUAACCACAGUGCCGUACCCCAAUGAUGAGGAAUGUUGAGAACGCCACACGGACCUCUCACCUGUAAACCGUCAUGUACCCCAGAAGAGCCAUGUGGGGGUGUGGCUCAGAGGCUGGGUGAGAGUCCACUGUGUGAGUUUAACCGCUCGGGAGUGAAGCACACACACGUCAGGUAGCCCUCGUGAGCACUGGUGACAACUACCUCAGGGACCAAAUCGGCGGCAGGGAGGCCUUGUGUCCCGCUCCCAUGUCCCCUCUGUCAGGGGGGUUUUUCCUAGUAAAGGGAAAAGCGAGGACUGUCCAAGCAACAGUAGUUGCCAAAGAGAAAAUAAGAAACUAGACUCCUAAAUUUAUAAUUUUUAUGUGAAAACAUGUUACUGUAGAAAAACAUUUUAAAGUAUGUUUGUUAUGUUGGUAAAGAGUAAAGGAGGCGUGGAUACGUGAGGCACUGAACCUGCUCGUAAGUGGUACGUUUUUCAGAAUGACCAGAUCUGAGGGUGCCUGUGGGAUUCCACAUUUGGGAGCCGCAGCUCCAGAGAACGGCAGAUCUUGGGGGGAAGUCACGAGGAACCAGAGGGCCUUUUCAGAAGUGCCGUUCAGAGUGUGCAAACCCGUCUCGUGGCUGAUGGCUGACGGAGGACGAGCGGACACAAGAUCAGGUGUCUAAGCUUCAGUUCAAGUGUAAGCUCCAAGCUUCCUGAGUCUGUUGCAGGGUGCGGGUCCAACCUCGGCCCUCAUCUCCUAACUCUCCCUGGCCCGUGAUGGGACCUGCAGAGUGAGGCAGGCAGAUCUCGGGAGGGUGGUACCCGUCACAGUUUCCGGGGUACACACAGCCGGCAGGUGCUGUGUGCAGAGACUGUGGGGCUUGCUGUGACAUAGCACAGGCCCUGCUCGGGUCCGUUUCAGAGGCGGCUGCUUUUUACGUGACAUUCCUUGCCAAGCACUAUGACACUCCCGCUGAUGGCACUGGAGCUCCAAGUACAGAGAAGUUGAGAACAGGAGACAGAGCUUGGGGCGUGUAGGGAAAUUGGGAUAAGUCAGAGGCCCGCCAACACCUUUUUCUUUUUGAAGCAUGGAUGGGAAAUGCAUCUGUUAUGUUACUCUGGUCGUCAAUAAAGUUGUAACUUCA